AUGAAUGUCAAGGCUGCAGAUAUUAAGGGCCAAGACCUCUACAUUUUUGAUCUUCGAGACGAUGUUCUUGACUCUUUGGAAUUAAUGGUUUUUGACAGCUCCGUUAUGGAAGUUCGGAAGAACCAACUGAAUAAUGAUCAGAGGGCCACAGGCUACAAAAAUGGUAAUCUGGAUUCUCCUGGAUGUGGUAGUUGUGAAAUAGAAUUGGGUUCUCUUGAUUCCAGAAAAGAACAUUACAAAACUGAUUAUCACCGAUUCAAUAUAAAGCGCAAACUCAGCGGCCUUUCGCCUGUCAGUUCUACAGAAUUUGACAUUAUUGCAGAAAACGAUGACCUUGAAAGUUUAUCCGGUUCCGAUUCCAGUUCCGAUUCCGACGGCGAAGAUGUGGACUUGUAUCAAGAAGACAAAGACAAGCUGACGGCAAUUCUUGAAGAUGAAGUGGCAAACAUGGCAUUGCGCGAUGAUGGCUCUACGAGGCCAGACAGCCAUUUAAAUACUCGGUCACCACAGAUUUAUUUUAAGUCUAGUCUUCUACCGACAAACCAAAUAUUUGCCGCGUUCAAAGCCCUAUUUUCUGCUCCCGAGGUUGAGGUUCCUCUUCAAACCAUUCGAGGGUGGAAUGAAAACGGCAGAAAUGACACCGAAGUGCCCUUUUCUGCACUUUUCAUGAUUGGUGGUGGCCAUUUUGCAGGUGCUAUCCUGUCUCAUAAGCGCCUCAACAUCAAGGGAAACAUGUCAAAAAGUGGCGAGACUUUACAGGAAAGAGCAGUCCAAUUGCUGGAGCACAAAACGAUUCACAGAUAUACUACAAGAAGGAAGCAAGGUGGCUCUCAAUCGGCCAUGGACAGCAGCAAAGGGAAAGCAAACUCGGCAGGUUCUUCGCUGCGAAGAUAUAAUGAAACUGCCUUGAAGAUCGAUAUUCAGAAGCUUUUACAACAAUGGGAACCAUAUUUGCAAAAAUGUAAGAAUAUUUUCAUACGUGCAAAGAGUGCCAACGACAGGAAAAUAUUUUUCGACGCCAAGACUUGUCUGGAUAAAAACGACCCUCGAAUUAGAAACUUCCCCUUCACCACCAAACGUCCUACUAGCCAUGAGCUGAAAAGAGCUUGGUGCCAGUUGACUUAUUUGCAUUUUAGUGAAAAGCCUCAAACCAGCCCAGGUCCGAAACCUGCUGCGAUAAAAGAGCCUCACAAACUGCCGCCCCAGAAAAGCGUACCCACGGAGAUACCGAUCAAGGAGUUGCAAACCGCAGAGCUACUAUCUCUCUUGAAAAAGUCCAAAGCCCCUAUGCUAAUAUCAUAUCUUCGUAAGCAUAACCUCAAUGUUGAUAUGCUUUUGGAGCCUCAACAGGACUACGUUCAAACUCCAACGAUGCUACAUUUUGCAUCUCAGCAUGGCCUAAAGAACAUGGUUUUUAUCUUGCUCAACAAUUUGAAGUCAGAUCCAACCACGAAAAAUGUUUUUGGGAAAACGCCUUGGGAAUUGACUAAAAAGAAAGAGGUUCAACAAUCUUUCCAAAUUGCGAGAUCAAAUCUGGGGGAAGAUUUGGUGGAUUGGAGCACAUCCCAUGUUGGUCCUGCAAUGACUCGGGAGGAAGUUGAGCGCGCUAACGAAAUAGAGGAAAAACGCAUAGGGUCAGAGAGGUCGCGCUUGAUAGAACAGGAGCUGACUGCCGCAAAAGAGAAGCAACAGAAAGAGAAAGACGCAAAGCGGGGGUCUGGGAAACUUCUUGCGCCUCAACUAUCUGCAGCACAGCAGAACAUGAACUCUCUCACAGAUGAUCAGAGAAUGCGGUUGAUGAGGGAGCAAAGGGCACGAGCGGCAGAAUCCAGAGCGAAACUUAACGCAAACAGGUAG